GCCAGCAACAGUACAUAUCCAUGGCGGCUCUCCAUCCUCCCAGCUUAGCUAACGAGACGUCAGCUAAUCGGAAUCGUCGUCCUAAACAAAAAAUGACCGAUUUGACGCGAAAUAAACCGUCUCAAUCAUUGGUUAUGGAGGAAGAGGAGGAAGAGGAGGAAGAGGAGGAAGAUGAGGAAGAGGAGGAAGAGGAGGAGGAGGCGGAGGCAUUCUGUGGCGUGGGGGGGAAUCUCCCUGGGUUUGAGGACAAAUACGUCAGGUUGCGUCUUGCACCCUGGAUCACGAAGCUGCAAGAGGUGGCUCAUCGGCACAGAGCAGUAGAAGCAGAGGUCUGCACAUCACAGGACUCAGAGAGUGAAAACCUCAACCGAAGCACAGCAGCCACAGAGGACCAUGGCAUUUGCAGGGAUGCUGAACGAGGAGGACAUCAAGGCAGCAGUCCAGGCUUGUCAAGCUCCGGGCACAUUCAACUUUAAGUCCUUCUUUGCACAAGUGGGACUCACUGGCUCAACUGUGGCAGAUGGGGAAAAAGUGUUCACAGUCCUGGACCAAGACAGGAGCGGAUACAUUGAGGAGGAGGAGCUCAAACUGUUCCUUCAGAAUUUCUCUCCGGGGGCAAGGGAGCUGACUGUGGCAGAGACCAAGACUCUGAUGGCUUCAGGAGACAAGGACAGUGAUGGCAAGAUUGGGAUGGAAGAGUUCUGUGAUCUCCUGAAAUAAAGAGAAUAAACACACACAUGACUACAGAUGUCUUUCCCUGUUUUGAACAAGGAUGGAAAUCCCACGUGGUUUGAUGCAAAGAACCUCAGAUAUUCUCUCCCUGCCUGCUACUCUCCUCGUUGAUGUGAUACAACACCAGCUGAAGCUGGAUAUAGUGUGUGUGUGUGUGUGCGUGCGUGCGUGCGUGCGUGCGUUUGAUCAACCAGGUGGGAUGGAUUAAUAAAAGUAUUUAUUCGUUGUGAUA